GUCCACGGUAGAAUGUACGUGGCGGUUGUAUUUUUGUGUGUGAUGCUGGCGGGAUCUCUGUCGGGACUAAUCCUGCCAAUGACAAAUUCAGAUGGUUCUGCAGACAUGCCCAGUCUUUUGAAUCAUGUGUCACUGCUUGAGCAAACUUUGACAAGUCUUCAAACAACAACCUCACAAGUCCAGUCUGAACUGCAUGCCACAAAGAAAGAUCUCCAGGCCACGCAGUCACAGCUUCAGACUACCAUGAACGACUUACACACAACUCGAACACAACUACAGUCGAGCGAAACACGACAACAGUUGGCAGCUGCUGAAAUAUCAUCUUUGAAACACGAAGUUUCAUCACUGAAGGCAGAGCUUCGUUCAACAUCGGAUGAACUCAUCAUGGUCAAGACACAAGUGGAGGAUAUGACACAUGGUUAUCAGCAUGAUAGUGUUCAUCAUAAUCAAACACUUCUGGAUGCCAUCAGUCACGAUGUGAACUUGAACACGGCACAGGUAAAAGCGGUAAUGUCUGAUGUCAAGCAGUUAAACAAACAACUAAAUCUUGUGAACUCGACUGUGUACGACGUAAAGACAGAAGGACAUGGUUUCUAUCAAAAUAUGUCUUCCUGGGUGCAAACAUUCACAGAGAAACAGUCGGAAGAAAGCAUGAAACUCCAAGCCGCCAAAUUGCUAGCUCAUACUGCAUCUAAACAUAUCGAUAAGCUUGAGGACGAUAUGAAGUCAUCCUAUUCCAACAUGUCCCUUGUCAGGCUGGAUAUACAUUCAAUCUGGAGGGAUCUUCACUUAGCACAGAGUAACCUCAGUCUGGCCAUCUUCGAUGUUUUAACUUUGAAAAACAACUUAUCUGUGGUUGAGAAGCAGUCCAUGGAAAACAAACUAUCACUAUUGAAGGUUUUACAAGAAGUAAAGACCAGAAAUGUGGCAUUCAAUGUGAACUACCCUUCAAGUCCAUCAUCCGAAAACACGCCAUUGAUAUUCAGCACCAUCCUCUACAACGAAGGCUCUGGCUACAGCACCAGCACGGGAACGUUCACUGCUCCAGUCUCUGGAACCUACGUCUUCUGGACACAUCUGGCACUGACGCAUGCAAACACUAACAUGUCCUUCGACAUCAUCAAGUCAGGAGGAGUGAUCAUGGCCAACGGCUACACGGAGACGGACUCGAGCAUUGAUGAAACUGAUGCUUCUGCCAUUACGGUAACUCAUCUGGACAAGGGGGAGGAAACGUGGGUGCAGAUGGCCUUCUCACGUGAUAUCUACCCAAGUUCAUCAUAUUUCGGUGGCGCUCUGCUAUCGGAGGACUGAGUACUGAGUUCCAUCAUGCACUGACAGGGACACCAUAAGUGGCAUUGUGAUCAUCCCAAUCAUACACGACACCAACGACAAGCAAUACGUAUAUCUCUUUCCCCACUAGCAAUCUGGUUAAUAGUGAGUGAAUGAGUGGGUUUAGUUUUACGCCGCUUUCAGAAAUAUUCCAGCAAUAUCGCGGCGGGGGACACCACAACUGGGCUUCAUACAUUGUACCCAUGGAAUCGAACCCGGGUAUUUGGCGUGACGAGCGAACGCUUUAACCACUACGCUACCCAACCCCAAAUCUUUUUAAUGCUUAGAUGCAUUGAGUAUAUGGGUAUUUUCAGGUGACAUUAGAAGAAUAGCGACAUAUCCCUUUCCAUAAUGUUUUGAAAUGUCUGCUGAAAGAAGAGCGAUUUGCUCGAUUUCGAUUUUGUUAUAAGAAAUCGUUUAUGAACCUUAUCGGAAACAUAUUGUACAAAUGGGGCAUUAUUUUGAGUAUUGGAAACUGAUGGGUUAAAUGCGGAACUAUCGUCACUGUUGAAAAACAUCCUGAAAGCUUUCCUAUAACUUUGAAUGAUAUAUUUUUGAUGCAACAACUUUAGCACGAAGUAAACUUCGUCAACCGCGUCACCAAUUAUAACUACCCGAUCACCAUUAUGGAAAGUACGUACACUUCACAGAAUAACGUAUUACAUGCAUGUAUUGCAUUAUUUAUAAACGCAUAAACAUUUU